CACUCACCGAGCCCAGAAUUUAAACACCAGCUAUUUGCCAUAGCUGAAGGGCUGGCCCACCCAACCCGUACAUUCGAAAAGUCCCAGUACCAUGAUGACGUCCUCUGGCCCCUCCAAGCUCUCGCUUUGAUGUCUUUUUUUUUGUUGUCUGUUUCCAUGAGGAAUACUGCGUACGAAUAUUGCGGUCGAGCCGUUCGAGUUGCCUACGCCCUUGGGAUUCAUCGAGGCCAUGAGUCUGAGAUCAAUCAGUUCCCCGCCAACGAGGAACUCAGAGUUCUACGACGGAACGUCUGGAGAAGCUUGUUUGUCCUAGACAGAUUUCUGGCUGCAUCGUUAGGAAGACCGUUCGCUAUCUCUGAUAACGAAUACUCCGAAUCCUCCCUUAGACCACCCAACCGACCAAGCAGUCCCAACAAAGUUUCGAAAAGGGACAUGCUCGAUCCCCCUAUUGAUGCUUGUAAAAUGAUUGGUCAUAUCGUGAACAACAUUUAUUCAUGUGACAAAGUCGCGAUCGAGGUUCCGAAUCAGAUGUUGGGGUACCUAGAAGCUCACCCCAGUUUCCAAAACGAUGAAUUCUUUACGACAAGCAACUUAAUGCCUACGGUAUCUCAAAUUCAUAUGCAUUUACUUGGUUUCUACACCAAUAUCCUCCUUUGUCGCCCCUUUUUCCUUUUAUCCUUUAUGGGGACAAACGCCUCAGAUGGCAUCGAGACACAAAUCAAUAGACUUUCUGAAAGAUGCGUAUCUCAAUCGCUUCAAACGGUUGAAAUGGUGAAAAGGGGGUUUCAUGCGAACCUGUUGUGUCGUUCUGACCCCCUUGCUCUCUAUGUACUAUUUGAAGCGGCACUUGUCUUGCUUAGCAGUACUUAUGCAGACAUCUACGCUCGAGAGGAACACUUGUCGCUGGUAAAAGACGCAAUGUUCAUCUUGAAGACAUGGUACGCCUCGAGCCCUUAUGCAGAGCAGUUCGCUUCCAAGUUGGACUUGUUUCGGCAUGAAGUCGAACGCCAAAAACAAGUGAAAGCUAUAAGGCAGGCUUCAAGGAGACAGGCUCACAAAGUUGAACGCGAGCCGAUGACAACUUACGAGCCUAGUCAGUAUCGCUCUCCAUUCCAUCCAAUGCCUCGUGAUAGUUUGGUGUCCCCACGUGAUAGCCGUCGCGGGUCGGCGACUGCAAACCACGCCAUGGUCAAACAAGAAGCCGAUGGGUACUAGGGCUCCUUGACAUCAAGGCCCUUGUUCUCACCUACCGACUUAAAUAUGGGUCAAUCUUAGUCUUUUGCUGAGUAUUCACAAAGUUCACAAUUCAGUGAUCAUAGCAUCGACAUGGAUUAGUCUGCCUUGACCUUUCUUCAAGGUUCAAAUUGGGCCGUCCUCGGUGACCUGGCAGCCUAGGCAUACAAUGGGCCAUUCCAAACGUUCAAUUGCAGGAUGGAACAAUAGUUCUACGCAGCCAAGCAAGUGAGAGAAAAGGAGAACCUUAUGGAUGAGAAGAGUAUCGGCAGGCAAAUGAAAAUAGUUCGGUAAAAGCGGGUGAGCCCAACACUUGGUGUAGGAGGAAGGAUUGUCAGUGUGCUGGAUUGGGAGGCAUAUAUCAAACACGGUAAGUUAGUUUAAUACUACAAGAGCGUUCUUGAGACGCAUUUCAGGAACAUCUGCCAUAGACAUCAAUUGGAGGCAUGCCUGGGUAGCUGAUAUGUCACUCAACACCACAGAACAUCUACGUUAAGCAGCGACUGCUGGCCCUGCAUUAACUGAAAUCCGCUCUUGACCCAUACAAUGGCGACAUAUAGGUUAGAAGUG